AGCGCACUGCUUGUCCUCGUGCUCCAUCGAGUUGCGCUUGCGAUCGACCAUGCACGAAGGCCGUGAACACUGCUCUUGCUGAUCAGUGAACUGGGCCGAGCUAGAGAUUUGACCUCUUCAGGCUCUUGUCUUUGAGCAAAGACAGUGUUCAGGCGAAAAAUUCUCCCUGCUUUUGCCAAAGUUGAAAAGGAAUUUCCAGUUAUCCGUGUAGAUAGAUCUACCACGUUCACUGUACCAGUGAUCACCCACAUUGUGAGGUCAAGAAGAGCUUGUUCCAGGAUACCUGAGUGCGUAGUGUUGUACAGCUAGUCGUGCUCAUCUCGUGGUGUUUGGACAGAACAUGAUUCACUCUGCCUGAAGAGAUUGGAAUUUACGCAGUGGCAUUUGAGAUAUGCCAUCAGUGGAUUUGUGCUCUGAAGUACCUUUCCUGAAGCGGCAUUGAACAGUCAUGAGUACCAAUCACAACUUUGGAAAUGUUCCCAGCGCGAGCUUGGGCACGCAGAUGAAAAUCCAGUUGCUGGAAUCUUCCCUAUCCAAAUUAUUCGAGUGUUUAGCUUUGGAAUGCAGCUGCCGAAAGCUUGUCCAUCCACAAUGGAAGCAUUUCAAGAGCAUGAAGCUGACAUGGGAAGAUCGUAUACGUCUCAACAAUGCGCUGUGGAGAUGCUGGCAUAUCCAAUAUCUGAAAGGCAAGAGGCCCAAGUUUUGCGGCUAUGUGACGCCGAUGACGGGAGAGAGUCACACGCACUCGCGCGCUGUCAUCCUGGAGGGCAAGUACUGGCGUCGGCGCUUGGAGGCUGUGGCUAACGAGUACAAGAACUGGCGUGUGUUCUACAAAAAGCGUGCCAAGCACAGCUUCAUCAAAACAUCGUCAUCCAGCGAGAGCAUCCAAGCCAACGACCCGAAUUCACUAGCUAGCGGCGGGGCGGCUGGCAGGAGCGUGAAAUUGGAGGCGUACGAUAGCACUCAGCAGGCGGAUGCAGAUGUGGCGCUUUGGAAUCAUGUGCUGGAUGAGCAUGACACCAUGCAGAUGAUUUCCUCCUAUUCCGACACGCUCUUCUCCUCGCUCGUCCAGGGUCACCCUUCGCGUAUAGAUGACAAUGGAGGGUUUGCUGAUGUAAUUCAGCCCCGACUGAAUAUGGUACAACAUAGUCUUUACGACGUGAUGCCACUAAUGGGCUCAUUUGAUGUAGUAGCACCAUCAAGUCUGGACUCCAGUGAAGCCAUGAAGUCGGUGAUGAGUGGUGAGAUGUGGCAGAACCCUACACCGUCACCUGUUAUGCAGCAGCCACGGCCAACCAUACCGAUGCAGCCGCUCGCUAUGGAACAGCAACAAGUUCAUCAGCCCAUGGAUACGUCAUCCUCACCUAUGGGACCUCCAUCAGCCCGCUCAGCAGCGGCGGCAGCAGCAGCCGCGGCCAGCUCUGCCCUGUCUGUGGGACCCUCAGCAAGCGGCAGCAGCAUAGCGAGUAACGUAACGGACGCUGCGGCCAUGUCGGAUGCUCACAUGGCCGCACAGCAGCUCCUACUGCUCAUGAGUUCCAACAAAGAAGUGGACUCUGGCACUCUGAAGCAGUUACAGAUGCUGCUGCAGUCGGCCGCCACUGCACCGCCCGUGAACCCGCCACAGGUUGCAACAACCUCGUCGCUGCCGCCACAGCAGCAGCAGCAGCCACAGCAAACGCAGUAUACACAGCAGACGCAGCACAUAUCCCCGAUGCAGCCACGGCCACCACGCACUAUGUCCCCAGCAGCGGCGCCACCCCCACCACUGACUCCUGUGCAAAGCUUGCAUGCAACGUCGCCACACAUCUCUAUGGCGACGACGGCUGAAACAUCUCGUUCUCUGGACACAUUCGCAUCACAAGUAUCUCAACUAUCUGGAGCAUCCCUAGCAGCAGCACCGUCGUUGCUUUCGUCCGCCACUCCUCAACCUGGCAGUGCAUUCUUUGGGACUAGCACAGCGGGCAGUGCCAGCUACGAUGUUGCAACAGCACAUCAAGUCCCGUCACCAAACAGCGUCGCAGACCAGGCUGCUGGGAGAUCUCCACUGGCUACGUCUGUGAAAUCUGAAAAGCCUGUGCCCAUUGUUGGCAAGGAGGAACGCCGGAAGCUGCAUAUAACCGCCGAACAAAAACGCCGCGUCCACAUACGGAAUGGAUUUGACGAGCUUCAAUCAUUGGUUCCAAGUGUCAGCGGCCAAUCAACUAAAAUCAGUAAAGCCGUCCUGCUGCAGAAGUCUGUGGAGCACAUGCGCCAUCUGCAGCAGGAGAAGAAAGGCGGAGAGGAGGAACUCGACAUGCUACGUGCUGAGGUGGCGCGACUCAACGAAAGCAUCAUGCAUUGUCAAGACCAAUUGCCGGUGACUGGAGCGCCGGUGACACGAACUCGCCUGGACCACACGCAGCAGCUGUUUGAUCAUUACGUCAACAUCAGAACGCAGAGUAAUUACAAAUUCUGGAUCUUUAGCAUGAUUGUGCGCUCUUUGUUCGACGCGUACAACAACUCGGUGUCUACAAUGAGUGAGGAUGAGAUGUGUCGGUCGGUUCUCAACUGGUUCGAUCAUCACUGCUCGCUGAGAGCGCUGCGACCAGCCGUUCUGAGCUCCCUGCGUCAGCUGAGCACUUCCACAUCUAUACUGUCGGAUCCCAGUAAGCUGUCGACAGAAGCAGCGGCAGCCGCAGCAUCUACUGCCGGCAAUAGCACGGCCACUGCCGUGCCGUCCAACUCUGGCUCGGGAGCAGCAGCAACAGCAGCUGUAGCGGCCGCCACAAGCCAGCUGACACAGCCCAAUGCGGCAGCCACGGCCGCUGCUAAUGCAGCAGCAGUUGCAGCGAUGGCAUCGACAUUCCAGCCUAAUUUCCAGGCACAGCAGCAGCAGCAACAGCAACAACUUGCUCACCUGGGCGAGGCAGCACGCCAGCAACGAGCACAACAACAGCAGCAGCAGGCACAACAGCCCUCACAGUUGCAGCAGUUGAAUUAUUUUGCUGACGGUGGUCUGCCAUUUCUAAACCCAGCCUUCAAGUAGAUGAUAGUAUCGGAACACAGCGUAAGCCUCAGGCCACCUGCAACUGGGGUGGCUGCAUAUAAAUUAUGUGCAUAUUUUGGUCAAUAUUUGGAUGAGAGCAUGAAAUUAGCCUGUGUGAUCGCUAUCACACACACGAAAAAUCAUAUCCACUACUUCUGCUGCAUGGAGACAUGAAACGUUUUGCACCGACCGCGCUCAGGGAUCUCGUGGAGGCACACACGAUUGCCGUGUUGCAGCUUGGUGCACUGAGUCUUGAUUUCGACGACAUGUCUUGCUGCCCCCCUUUGCUGUGCAUGUGUAAGAGCCGGUGCCAUCUUUCUUUUCUUUUCAAAGCAAGUCAUUGAUUUUUGCAUUGCAUUUCAGCACCUACCUAUUUAGAAUGAGAAAUUGCCCGUUCUUUAAAGUUGUAUCUUUUUUUAAAGACUUACCGGAAUUGAUUCAUUUCUCUCUCUCUUUUUUUGUCGUCGUCUUUUCGAGGCCCGUUGAAAUGUUUGACUACUUAGUAUUUGUUUCUGCUACGGUUCAUUUACUAGCGUAGGUUGUUUUGUUUGAGUGUGCGCCAGUUAUCGUGAAGUGAAUUCAGGCUGCGUGUAGUCGUUCUCUAGGUCUUGUACAUUAGCCCCUCCAUGCACUCGCACCACUCUUACUCUCGUCUUUCGUUGUCGCGUUUGACGCGCCUGUUUUCCACCGCUAUCUUUGUUGUCUCAGUGCGGGCAUCACUUGACAAGCCAAACUCGCAAAACCGCUCGUGUCUGUGCACUGCAUUCCCAAAUUUACGGUUCUGUUCCGUAGCUGAUGAACAUUCUGCUUGGUCAUCUUGGUAUAAAAUAAAUCCACUACAAUCAUUA